ACUGUUGCCUCUCGGCACUUGCGCGCAACUCGCCUUCGUUUAAAAUAAAAUAACAAUAAAAUUAAGAAUCGGAAGCCGCCCGCCCGGUGUUCCCGCGCCGGGUGGGCGCAGACCUGCGGGAGCUCCGGGCGCCCCCCGGCAGGACUCGGGGCGGCCGCAGCCUCACCCUCUUCUCUCCGCUCUCUUCCCAGGCGCUCCGGCCUCGCCUCUGUGCGGGGAAGAAAUCCGCCCGUUUCCCGAUCCUCGUUGUUAUUUUCAAUUUUUUUUCUCCUUCAUUUUUAUUUUUCCCUCACUUCACCUGCGAUCACUCGAGGACCUCGCGGCGUUGACGGCGGGACGGAACGAAAAAAAGUCCUUUCGCGCUGAUUUUCUGCUUCGUUUUUAAAUUAUCGUUGGCUUUUAAAUUUUUUAAAUUUUUUGCCUCUUGUUUGGGUUUUUUUCGGGGCUAGUUUUUGUCGGCUUUUUUUUUUUUUCCUUCCCUUCUUUUUCCCCCUUCCCACCCCGUACAUUUGAUUUGAUUUUGAAUUUUUUUUUUUUUUUUUUCUGCGGGACUUUGGAAGAAACUGCCCGGCUUUUAGCAUGAUGUCUUACCUCAAACAGCCCCCUUACGGCAUGAAUGGGCUGGGGCUGACGGGUCCCGCCAUGGACCUGCUGCAUCCCUCCGUGGGGUAUCCGGCCACCCCACGGAAGCAGCGGCGGGAACGCACCACCUUCACCCGCUCGCAGUUGGACGUGUUGGAGGCUCUCUUUGCCAAGACCCGCUACCCCGACAUCUUCAUGCGGGAGGAAGUCGCCCUGAAGAUCAACCUGCCUGAAUCCCGAGUCCAGGUCUGGUUCAAGAACCGCCGUGCCAAGUGCCGGCAGCAGCAGCAGAGCGGCGGCGGGGCCAAGAGCCGCCCGGCCAAGAAGAAAUCCUCGCCAGCCCGGGAGAGCUCGGGCUCCGAGAGCAGCGGGCAGUUCACGCCGCCAGCAGCGGCCUCCAGCUCGGCCUCCUCUUCCUCCUCCAGCUCAGCCUCCUCGGCCCCGGUGGGCGCCCCAGCAUCUCUCAGCACCCCGGCGUCGUCCAUCUGGAGCCCGGCUUCCAUCUCUCCCGGCGCGGCGCCGGCGGGGGUGACGGUGCCCGAGCCGCUGCCUCCGGCCGCCGCGUCCUGCAUGCAGCGGGCCGGCCCCGCCGCCACCGCUGCCUCCGCCAGCUACCCCGUGUCCUACAGCCAAGGCGGGGGGUACGGACAGGGGUACCCCGCGCCACCCUCCUCGUCCUACUUCGGGGGCGUGGAUUGCAGCUCCUACCUGGCGCCCAUGCACUCCCACCACCACCCCCACCAGCUCAGCCCCAUGGGGCCCUCCUCGGUGCCAGGCCACCACCACCACCACCCGCUGAGCCAGAGCUCGGGCCACCACCACCACCAUCACCACCACCACCACCACCAGGGUUACGGCGGCACGGGGCUGCCCUUCAACUCCUCCGACUGCCUGGACUACAAGGAGCCCGCCGCUGCUGCUGCUGCCUCCUGGAAGCUCAACUUUAACUCCCCCGACUGCCUCGACUACAAGGACCAGGCGUCCUGGCGCUUCCAGGUCUUGUGAGGGGCCGAUCACCAUUCUCCCCUCCAAGCUGCCACUGACCCCCACCCGGGGUCCCCCCACCACCUCCUGGGCAGGACUCUGGCUCUUCCUCCUCCUCCCUCUUCGUUAGCAGUGGCGAUGCCUUGGGGAGGUCCUGCCACCCCCAUCUCUACUGACUGAUAUUUAUUUUGCUUCCUGCACCACUCCACCAGGUUUAUUAUAAUUAUUAUUUUUUUAAACGCAACAGAAGAGGAGUUUAAAAAAAAAAAUAAAUUAAAAAAGCCUAGCGUCUCCCCUGCUGCCCCCCGGGCAGAGGCGCAGGCUGGCUCCUGCCCUGCCGGUGCCCCCCCCCACCCCAGCUUUGUGCAGGGACCCUCAGCCCCUCUGGGAGCAGAAGCCCCGUUGUGCCGGUCCUGUACAGCCUCUUGCCGCAGGGAGCGGCGGGAACAAUGUAAAUACUAGGUCCGUUCCAGUGACCACGAUUAUUUUUAGUUGAUGCUGUUGGGUUGGCAUUUAUCUAGAGUCUAACAUGGAACAGAACGUUAAAAAAAAAAAAAAAAAAAAAAAAAAAGGAAAAAAACCACCACAAAAAAAAUAAUCUUUUUUAAAUUUUAAUUUUUUUCCCUAAAAAUGAAUCUUUCCCCGUCUCGUGUCCUCCGUCCAUCCUCGAGGGCUCUACACAAGCUUGGCUGUGCCGUCCUGGGGCUGGGGGCAGGGGUGUGUAGCAGCCAUGGGGGAGGCGAAGGGAGAGGGAAAGGCUGCCCAUCUGAUCCGCAACCUGCAAACCAA